UAGCUGCAGGAAGCAUUAAGAAAGGAAAAGACUGCAAACAGGACGCGGUAUACUCACUCUCUUCUCUCUUUAGCCGUUGCUGAGGACGUCUUUGCCCCUAUGGCUUCUCAGAGGGGGGCUUUUCCCACCGGGUCACACUUUUUCUAGUGCGCUCCUUUCCUAAUCCGGAGCUUUCAGCUCUUUUGAACCCGUGCUGUUUUUCCUCUUUCCACACACUGUGCGUAAUUUCUAUCCAGGAUCGAGGGGGGAACAAAAAAGAAAGAAAAGAGAAAGGCGACAUCACAACAACACGAGGACGAGGAAUCAAGAAAGAGAGUUAAAAACGAACUGAGGGGGGGAAAUGAAAGGCGUCUUGGAUAUCUGCUGGGUUUUCCUCACGCUGCACACUCCCGGCGUGCUGUCCUUGUCCACACAUGUAGCAGUAAUUUACCCCCAGGACCCCGUCCUCCGCAUGGGGUCCAACCUGACCGCCAGCUGCUGGGUCCACCCUGACCUCGGCCACCACGCCAGCUCCCUGUUCUGGACGCUCAAUGGUCGGCAGCUUCCCGGCUCCCUGUACAGAGUGCUGAGCCCGACUAACCUCAGUGUGACGCUGGCCGGACUCAACGCCUCCAGGCAGACGUCCGGCGACAACCUGGUCUGUCACAACCCCAAAGGACACAUCUUGGCCGGCUCCUGCCUCUACGUCGGCAUGCCUCCGGAGAAGCCGGUCAAUCUGACCUGCUGGUCCAGGAACACCAAAGACCUGACUUGCAGCUGGGCCCCCGGAGGAAAAGGAGAGACUAACAUCAGCACACAGUACACUCUCAAGUACAAACUCAGGUGGUAUGGCAAGGAGAAGGAGUGUGAGGAUUACACUCAUACGCAACCUUACUACUGCAGCAUCACGCGGGACCUGCACCUCUUCACGCCCUACGAGAUCUGGGUGGAGGCCUCCAACCAGCUGGGCCAGGCCACCUCCGAUGUCAUCACCCUCGACAUCCUAGACGUGGUGACCACGGACCCUCCGUCAGGUGUGACUGUCAGUCGUGUCGGUCAGUUAGAGGACCAGCUGAGCGUUCGCUGGGAGGCUCCGCCCGCUCUUAAAGACUUCCUGUUCCAGGCCAAAUACCAGAUCCGCUACAGAUUGGAGGACAGCCAAGACUGGAAGGUAAUGGAUGACGUUGGGAAUCAGACAUCUUGUAGAUUGGCUGGACUGAGACCUGGAACUGUGUAUUUUGUCCAGGUUCGCUGUAACCCUGUGGGCAUCUACGGCUCUCGCAAAGCUGGGAUCUGGAGCGAAUGGAGCCAUCCUACUGCUGCAUCCACACCACACAGUGAGCGGCUGAUAUCGGGCUCCUGUGACUCAAAGUCCAGCGGGGACUCCAACUCCACCCUUCGCAGGGAGCUGAAGCAGUUCUUCGGCUGGGUGCGGAAACACGCCUACGGCUGCAGCAGCAUGUCCAUGAAGCUGUACGACCAGUGGCGAGUGCUGAUGCAGAAAUCCCACAAAACUCGCAACCAGGUAGGUUCUCCAAGGGGAUAAAUCCUAGCACACACUGCUUUUACAAGCAGAAAACAAGUCAAGAAAAGAACUGAGUGGGUGUGUUUUUGUCUAUGUGUGUGUGUGAGUAUGUGUGUGUGUGUGAGAAAGAGAGAUUGUAUUCGUAUAUGGGAAUUAUAAGACUUUUUGCUCUGGACAUUUUGUGCAAAUACCAGCCGUGGCCGCGAGAGGACAGAAACUGUGGGAUUUUUCUCGGCAACAUGAGACGCUUUUUUCUGUCUGAAAAGGUGCAACUGAUCCUGGUAUCAUCGUUAACAACAGACCAUGUGGACUACUCUGCUUUCUCAAAGGAAGUUGAAGCAUGAAUAACUAAAUGUGCUCAAAGGUGAUCAAAAGUAUUGUGUGACCUUUUGCUGAGUUUCUUCUGUGGAUCCAAAGCACCAUCUAGUGGCAGUUCAGCAUCCAUGGAUCCUCCAUAUACAAGUUUUCACUGUUGUCCUGAUGAAAAAAGAAAAAAGCAACAGAUUAUCAUACAGUAUUUCUAAGUCAUGCUUUGUCAUAUAAGUGCCAAAAAUCGGUUCACCCAGCUUUCAUGUGUUUCUGAGCGACAGUAUGUGACUGAUGACGUGAUGGUGUUUGUGUAUGGAGACGUUUCACUGCCUUUAUUUUUGUACUGAAUUGUACCAGCAUAUUUAAAACUGUAUAAAUUUAUGUUUUAUGUCUUAAGUUAUGUUUAGUUAGUAAAGAAAUAUCAAUGACUGAAGUUGUUAUCGAUCUCUAUUGUUGUUGUAUAAAGAUGU